GCAAAAAACCUGAUCUGAAAGGAGACAAAAAACCUGAUCUGAAAGGAGACAAAAAACCUGAUCUGAAAGGAGACAAAAAACCUGAUCUGAAAGGAGACAAAAAACCUGAUCUGAAAGGAGACAAAAAACCUGAUCUGAAAGGAGACAAAAAACCUGAUCUGAAAGGAGACAAAAAACCUGAUCUGAAAGGAGACAAAAAACCUGAUCUGAAAGGAGACAAAAAACCUGAUCUGAAAGGGGACAAAAAAACUGAUCUGGAAGGGGACAAAAAACCUGAUCUGGAAGGGGACAAAAAACCUGAUCUGAAAGGAGACAAAAAACCUGAUCUGAAAGGGGACAAAAAACCUGAUCUGGAAGGGGACAAAAAACCUGAUCUGGAAGGAGACAAAAAACCUGAUCUGAAAGGAGACAAAAAACCUGAUCUGGAAGGAGACAAAAAACCUGAUCUGAAAGGGGACAAAAAAGCUGAUCUGGAAGGAGACAAAAAACCUGAUCUGGAAGGGGACAAAAAACCUGAUCUGGAAGGGGACAAAAAACCUGAUCUGAAAGGAGACACGCAAGACUGUUCCAUAAAGUGCCAUGUGUGCGGGAAAAUAACUACUCGUAUGCUGGGUUUGCGAAGGCACCUUCUAAUUCACUUCAACAAUGGAGCAUACAAGUGCUCUGCAUGUCCAAAGACUUUUAUAUCAAAUGCUGAUUUGAGAUCGCACCUGAGAUCAAAAAGAUCUUGCAGGGAGAAAUGUUCUGAUGAAGUCAUUACUACUGGGUUCCACCUCAAAUCUGUCCCUGGUGAGUACAAGUGUCCUUACUGUGGGGACACUUUCCAGCUCCCAGAUGAUCUGAGAGGACACACAAAAGACUGUUCCAGAAAGUGCCAUGUGUGUGGGAAAACUACUGCUCGAAUGCUGGAUAUGCGAAGGCACAUGUUAAAGCACAACAACAAUGGCCCAUACAAGUGCCCGGUGUGUCCAAGGACUUUUAUAUCCCAUACUGAUUUGAAGAUGCACCUAAAAACAAAAAAACUUUGUCGGGAGAAAUGUUCUGAUGUAAUGAUGAAUGAAUUACUCUCUUCAGCAGAUGGUAAAUGUAGGGAAAAUGUCAAUGAAACAGGAGUCAUGACAAGGUGCCAACAACCAAGCUCUAACAACACAGUCAGGCCUUUGAAGAGCAUUGAAGAGUUCUUUGAAGAAUUCUCUCAUGACUUGCAGCAGUCCGAUAACAGCAUAAGUAGUGAAGUGAACCUGAAUAGCCUGAAUAGCCUCGACGAAGACUACAGUGACGAGAUCAGUCAAUACCAACCCAUGAAGGAUGUCGACCUGAAUUGCCUCCACGAAGACUCCAUCAUGACCACUGAAGACUACAGUGACGAGAUCAGUCAAUACCCACCCGUUAAGGACAUUGACUUGAAUACCCUCCAUGAAGACUACAGUCAGGCUGAGAUCAGUCAGUACCCACCCGUUAAGGACGUUGACCCAGUGGAGGACAGAAGGUCUGUGGAUGAUUCAGGGGGAAAUGAGAUGGCCAAUGACAAAGAACCAAACUCAACCGAAUGCUUAACAGAGGAGCAGGUGUCCCACACUGAGGCAUGCCCUCUCCAGGAUUCUCAAUCAGAGACGAGCGGAGAAGUGAAGAACGAGAUACAGAGAGGGAAACUGCAGGCUGAGGCAACGGGUUCCCAAGGACAGAAAGGAAGAGGCAGAAAGAGGAAACAGAGAAGAGGACGUGGUGUCAGAAAUGAGAAGACCGAGGCAAAGGGUGUGAAAAGAGAGCACUCACCUGAGACUGAGGAAGAUGCUGAACCAUCAGAUAAAGAACUUUGGACCUCUGUCAAUGAAAGGACCACUGUCAAUGAUUCUGGUGGAGUCCGUCCUUCUCCUCAUUGUCCAUCAUCUCAUAAGAGGGAGGAGGAAUUGCAACAGCCCAUACAGAACUUUCUCUCAGAGGAGCACAGUGGUCAUAUGUCCAAAGGGCAGAACAGAGAGGAACGGUCAGAGAGUGUACCUCAGGACUCUCUAACUCCUGAGCCAUCCAACAGCUCUCACAAAAGAAGCUUUCGCUCAGAGGAGCACAGAGGACAUAUGGCAGAAGGGCAGAACAGAAAAGAACGCUCAGAGAGUGAACCUCAGGACUCUCUAACUCCUGAGCCAUCCAACAGCUCUCACAAGAGAAGCCAACGCGUCAAAGCAUGCUCUUUCUGUGGCAAGACUUUCACUGACACACUGGGCUUGACAAGACACAUGCGAUCUCACAUUGAGCAGAUGCCACAUCAAUGCACCCAGUGUGGGCAAGACUUUGAAUUCAGUGAGGACUUAGAGGAACACCAGAAGCAUGGCUGUGAGAUGAACAAAAAGGAUAAUAGUGAGGAAAAUGGUGAUGACUAUUGUGGGAGAACUGUACAGCAAAAACCUGAUCUGAAAAAAAAACCUGAUCUAAAAAGAGGCAAAAAACCUGAUCUGAAAGGAGACAAAAAACCUGAUCUGAAAGGAGACAAAAAACCUGAUCUGAAAGGAGACAAAAAACCUGAUCUGAAAGGAGACAAAAAACCUGAUCUGAAAGGAGACAAAAAACCUGAUCUGAAAGGAGACAAAAAACCUGAUCUGAAAGGGGACAAAAAACAUGAUCUGGAAGGGGACAAAAAACCUGAUCUGAAAGGAGACAAAAAAACUGAUUUGAAAGGAGACAAAAAAACUGAUUUGAAAGGAGACAAAAAACCUGAUUUGAAAGGAGACAAAAAAACUGAUUUGAAAGGAGACAAAAAACCUGAUCUGAAAGGAGACAAAAAACCUGAUCUGGAAGGGGACAAAAAAUCUGAUCUGGAAGGAGACAAAAAACCUGAUGUGAAAGGAGACAAAAAACCUGAUCUGAAAGGGGACAAAAAAACUGAUCUGGAAGGGGACAAAAAAACUGAUCUGGAAGGGGACAAAAAACCUUAUCUGGAAGGGGACAAAAAACCUGAUCUGAAAGGAGACACGCAAGACUGCUCCAUAAAGUGCCAUGUGUGCGGGAAAAUAACUACUCGUAUGCUGGGUUUGCGAAGGCACCUUCUAAUUCACUUCAACAAUGGAGCAUACAAGUGCUCUGCAUGUCCAAAGACUUUUAUAUCAAAUGCUGAUUUGAGAUCGCACCUGAGAUCAAAAAGAUCUUGCAGGGAGAAAUGUUCUGAUGAAGUCAUUACUACUGGGCUCCACCUCAAAUCUGUCCCUGGUGAGUACAAGUGUCCUUACUGUGGGGACACUUUCCAGCUCCCAGAUGAUCUGAGAGGACACACAAAAGACUGUUCCAGAAAGUGCCAUGUGUGUGGGAAAACUACUGCUCGAAUGCUGGAUAUGCGAAGGCACAUGUUAAAACACAACAACAAUGGCCCCAUCAAGUGCCCGGUGUGUCCGAGGACGUUUAUAUUCCAUACUGAUUUGAAGACGCACCUGAAAAUAAAAAUACUUUGUAGGCAGAAAUGUUCUGAUGUCAUGGAGAAGGAGUUACUGUCUUCCGUAGAUGGUAGAUCUAGUCGUUUUUUUCAUGAAACAGGUGUCAUGAGAAGGUGCCAACAACCAAGCUCGAGCAACACAGGUGGGCCUUCAACGAUCGGGACUGUGUUGGGCUUGAAGAGCUUAGAAGAGUUCUUUGAAGGGCUCUCUCAUGACUCCGACAUCAGCAUGAGCAGCGAGGUUAACCUGAAUAGCCUCCACGAAGACUACAGUCAGGAGGUCAGUCAAUACCAACCCAUAAAGGAGAUUGAUCAAUCCAACCCGGGUGAAUACAAGUGUUCUCACUGUGGGGACACUUUCCAGUUCCCACAUGAUCUGAAAGGACACACAAAAGACUGUUCCAGAAAGUGCCAUGUUUGUGGGAAAACAACUUCGAAGACAUGUGACAUGCGAAGACACAUGUUAAAACACUACGAUGGCCCCAUCAAGUGCCCGGUGUGUCCGAAGAGUUUUAUGUUCCACACUGAUUUGAAGAAGCACCUGAAAACGAAAAGACUUUGUAGGGAGAAAUGUUCUGAUGUGAUGGUAAAGGAACUACUGUCAACAGUCGAUGGUAGAUGUAGGAAAAACGUCAGUGAAACAGGAGUCAUGGCAAGGUGCCAACAAUCAGCCAGUUUGAAGAGCUAUGAAGAGUUCUUUGAAGAGUUCCCUCGUGACUCCGAUAAGAGCAUGAGUAGUGGUGUGAACCUCUAUAGCCUCCACGAAGACUACAGUGAUGAGAUCAGUCAAUACCAACCCAUGAAGGAUGUUGACCCGAAUAGCCUCCGCGAAGACUACUGUGAUGAGAUCAGUCAAUGCCAACACAUUAAGGACAUUGACGCAGAUGAGGACGAUAAGUCUUUGGAAGAUUCAGGGGGGAAUGAGAUGCCCAAUUGUCACACCCUGGACGAGAGGGGCUGUGACUAAACUCAGUCAGUAUCAUAGGGUGGUGUCGUCUGAUCUAUGUUUACACUAAGAAUAGGGAGCUCUGAAGCACAGUUCUACCAUUAGACAACACCGGUUCUUUUAGUUUGGGUUUAAGUAGAAGAACAUGGAAGAGUGGUCAAUCUCAGUUUCCGUGAACCACAUUAGCAUAAGCUUUUGUUCGGCACAAGAUGGAGGAUAAUCCAUAAAACAAGUAACACCAUCACAUAACAAAAACAGGUUUCAGUUCAGGUGGAAGUAAAGCAUUGCAACAAGGUAAUACUUAGUAAAACCAAAGCUUCCCGAAGGAGCUCUGCCAAAGCUUCAACACAAACACAGCUUCCUCGCACCUGCACCUGCACCUCCCCCAAGGCGGCCACACCCCAAACAGAAAGGGUUAUAAUGGGGCGGGGAAACACAGGGCGACAAUCGCAUCUUUCAUUUAAUCACGGAGUUAACAAAUACUAAAUUAGGAGCACCUGGGCUAAAGCAUGCACAGUAUAGGGCAUUCGUCACACCUGUGACACAAUGACAAAGAACCAAACUCGACCAAAGGCUUAACAGGGAAACACUGACCCAAGCCCUCUCCAGGAUUCAAUCUGAGAGAAGAAUGAGAUACAGAUACCAACCUGGUCUCAGUAUUUCGUAUUAUUCUUUACGUAAAUUUCAAUACACCCCAUUUAGUAUGAUAUGUUACAUUUCGAAUGGUAUUUACAGUUGAAGUCGGGAGUUUACAUACACUUAGGUUGGAGUCAUUAAAACUAGUUUUUCAACC